AUGCCGCCCAUUCCGGUCAUUCACACCCUCCCACCACUCAGAUAUCUACUUUCGCGGGCGGCCCACAUCUCGUCGCGCGCGCAUCCCCUCCCCGUCACCCCCGUCGCCUUUCCCAUUCCCGUCACCUCCUCCCCGUCGACUUCCAUCCUCGUCGCCUCUCCUCCUUCUCACAUUCCAUCUCCUUCCCAUCGCCUUCCAUUCUGUCGCCUCCUCCCCGUCGCCUUGCAUAUCCAUCGCCACUCACCCCCGUCGCCUACCCCGCCUCUUUCCCCGCUCCUCCCUUUCUCCCGUGCUCUCUUCAUCCCGUCGUCCCUUACUACCUCCCUCGCUCGCUUCAGCUUCAUCAGGCGUGCGUAUCUCUCCUUAGUCCAAUCACUGCCGCUCUGCUUCCUCUCCACUUCCCAUCUUUGUACCACAUGUGAUGAGUCGGUUUUUGAGUCCACUUCCCAUCUCUGUGCAUCCAACUUUCCUGAAACCCUUUGUGUGGCGCUCUUCUGCAACGCCCCACACCACUGCCCAUCUCUCAACACGCUCUGCCUUCCCUCUCUGCACCCCCCAUCCGCACAGUGGUACACUCGUCUAUCCCAGCCUCUGUGGGGAUGGGGGGUGCAGAGAGGGAAGGCAAAAACCUGUCUCAACCCCUCAGCGUCUGUGCCUCAACCUGUCGGGUUUAGUCUCUUGCUUCCUCACCCUAAGGGGCGUGCACGUCUUUCUCAGUCAGCAGUGACAACUGCCUUCCCCUUUCCCCUCUCCCUUUCACCCUCUCCGCUUCCCCCUCUCCCCUUCCCCCUCUCCGCUUCCCCCUCUCCCCUUCCCCCUCUCCGCUUCCCCCUCUCCCCUUCCCCCUCUCCGCUUCCCCCUCUCCCCUUCCCCCUCUCCGCUUCCCCCUCUCCCCUUCCCCCUCUCCGCUUCCCCCUCUCCCCUUCCCCCUCUCCCCCACCAGUACGACUCCCCUCUGUGCCUCAACCUCUCGGGCUUGUUGCUGUUCUUCCUCCUCCUGAGGGGUGCACAUGUCUCUGUGGCAGCUUGCUGCUAUUCUUCCUCGCCCUGAGGGGUGUGCGACACAUCUCUCCCACAGUCUCCCCCCUUCCACCCCCCCCCCCCCAACCAUCUGACCCCGCCUCCCCCUCUCCAGUACCACCUGCCGCUGUGCGGCUGUGCCUCAACCCCCACCCCACAGUGCUACACGGCCCUGGGCCUCUUUUUGAGAAUUCUAAAAAACCAGCUACACGGCUUCCCUUGCUUCCUUACCCUGAGGGGCCUCCCUUGCUUCCUUACCCUGAGGGGCACCCACGUCUCUCCCGCAACACGCGCUGCCUUCCCUCUCUGCAACCCCCGCCCCCACAGUACUACACGCUUCUGUGCCUCAACCUGCCGGUGCAGUGCCGGUCAGCAACCACCACUGCCUUACCCCUCUCCCCGAAACAAACAACACAACCCCCCCUCCGCUUCCCCCCUUCCCAGUACUACGUGCCUCUCUGCCUCAACCUCUCUGGUUUAGUCCUCUUCUUCCUCACAUUAAGAGGCGUGCAUGUCUCUGUGGCCGUGCCGGUCAGCAACGGGGCUACCUUUGCCUUCAACGCAGCAGCUGCCUAUGCGUUUGGGGAGAAAAUACAACUAUACUAUGUGCCGCUGUGCCUCAACCUCUCGGGUUUGGUCCUCUUCUUCCUCACAUUAAGAGGCGUGCACAUCUCUGUGGCAGUGCCUGUCAGCAACGGUGCCACCUUUGGCUUCAACGCAGCAGCUGGCUAUGCGUUUGGGGAGAAAAUACAGCCAUACUACGUGCCUCUGUGCCUCAACCUCUCGGGUUCGGUCCUCUUCUUCCUCACCCUACGAGGCGUGCACGUCUCUGUGGCAGUGCCGGUCAGCAACGGGGCCACCUUUGCCUUCAACGCAGCAGCUGGCUGUGCGUUUGGGGAGAAAAUACAGCCAGCGUUAGCAUUGGGGGGUGUAUCGCUGGCUGUGCUAGGCAUUGCCUUGUGUGUAUAG